AAUUUUCGAAAUUAUUAGUUCACAGUGUCCAAUUAUGAUGAUUUCGUAAAUAUCUGUUAAAUUUACAUAGCUGAGCAUAUACAUAUUUAGUCGAAAGCGUCUCACGCAAUCCAAGUGCAUUAUUACUCAACAUAAAUUGCAUAGCAUUGAAUAAACAGGUUCAACUCAAAGUAAAUUAAGACCUAUUGUGAAAUCAGCCACAAUAUGGAUUCGUUUUUAAGCCUGUUCGAUCCAAAUCAACCAGACGAUGGCUUCGACGAGGAGCAAGAGCUAAAUGGCAACAGCAGCGGCAGCAGCGAGUAUGAGACGGAUGGUCAUGUCAAUGAGAGCAACCAAAUCAGUGGCAGCARCAACAACAACAACACGGGCAGUAAUGCCAAAAGUAAUCUAAUCUUUGACUUUGAGCAGGGAGUUCUGCCCCCGGAGCCACAGCUGGGCAAUGUGGAGUACAAGCUCAAAUUGGUGAAUCCGUCAAAGCAACGUUUUGAGCAUUUGGUCACCCAAAUGAAAUGGCGUCUACGCGAAGGACAAGGUGAGGCCAUCUAUGAGAUCGGCGUCUCCGAUGCGGGCCACCUGCAGGGCCUCAGCGAUAAGGACAUGAAUGCCUCUCUUACCACGCUCAAGCAAAUGGCCCAUCAUUUGGGCGCCAGCACAUCCGUACUGCGACGCAAGACAGUUGACAUGCGGCGCUCGGUUGCCGAAGUGCUCGUACGCAAGAUCCCUGAUGAUCAGCACAACAUUGAGGUGCGCGUCGCCGUUUUAGGUGGCGCUGAUGCUGGCAAAUCCACGCUGCUGGGCGUGCUUACACAAGACGAACUGGACAAUGGACAUGGGCGUGCGCGACUAAACAUGUUUCGGCACAUGCACGAGAUUCAGUCGGGUCGAACCUCCUGCAUUUCGCAUGAAACUUUAGGCUUCGAUGCCUUGGGCAAUGUGGUCAACUACAAGUACAAUGAAAUGAUGACUGCCGAGGAGAUAAGCGAUCGCUCCACAAAGCUGGUUACAUUCAUGGACCUGGCAGGUCAUCGACGCUAUAUGCGCACAACGGUCCAGGCUCUGAGCGGCUACUCACCUCACUAUGCGAUGCUGGUGGUGUCCGCUGGCAGCGGAUGCAAUGACACCACUGAGGAGCAUUUAGCCAUUGUGCGUGCUCUAGAUAUGCCAUUCUUUAUAUUGAUUACCAAAACGGAUAUUACAUCACCAGAUGCCACACUGCAGGAGCUGCGCACUCUGCUCACGAAUAUCGGCUGCCGCAAAGUGCCGUUUGUUGUCACCAAUACGGAUGAGGCCAUAUCGGCUGGGUCGAACCAGGUGUCUGAAAACAUUGUGCCCAUAUUUUGCGUUUCGAAUGUGACCGGAACUGGACUCAAUCUGGUCACAAAAUUUCUCUACGUGCUGUCUCCAGGCAUCAGCAAUGCUGAAAAGGAUCGCUUGGAACUAGAGCCAUGCGAGUUUCAAAUCGAUGAAAUUUUUCGGGUAACUGAUGUGGGAUCCGUUGUUGGCGGCCUGCUGGUACAGGGCGUCCUCACCGAAAAUAUGCCCAUGAAAAUUGGACCACUACCAAACGGCAGCUUCCACUCAGUUACUGUUCAUACCAUACAUCGGAACAAGGCUCCAUGUCGAGUGGUGCGCGCUGGCCAAAGUGCAUCGCUAUCGUUCACGCCCACCCAGGAGCUGCCACCGCUGCGAAGCGGAAUGGUUCUGUUGGGUGAUUCAGGAAAUAUAGACGAGCCAUAUGGCACUUACUUCUUUCAAGCCAAGGUUUCGGUGCUCUUCCAUGCAACCGCCAUUUACGUGGGCUUUCAGACAACGGUCCACAUUGGGAGCAUACGUCAGACGGCUGUUAUACGUGGCAUCAUGGGUGGCGAAAAGCUGGGCACCAAUGACUCGGCCUCCGUCAUGUUUGAGUUCGUCGGACACCCGGAGUAUGUGCGACCUGGCAUGCGCAUACUCUUCCGCGAAGGCAUGUCCAGCAAGGGCAUUGGUGUAGUCACCCAAGUAUUUCCCGUCAACAAGACGCGAGCGAAGUAGAUCUAACUCUACAGCGGAGCAAACGGAAUUUCAUCUAUUUCAAAAAUAGAUGCGCGAAUCGGCUCUGCUCGCGGACAGUGAACAGAUUUGAAUACUUAUUAAAGCUUAUCAAUAUAUCUCAACACGGAUUACAUAUAGAGACAUGUACAUAUUACUUAAAACUAGAGUUUAGAGAUUUCGAUAAGCAUAUACGAGAACUGAGUAUAUGCUGAAAUUGUAGCAGAUCUUGUUUACAUUUAGUUUGAGUUCUGUGAUUUUUCUUUUAAGCUCAACUGCUCCAGUAUAUAUAUGUAUAUCUCCAGUAAACAUACACACAUAUAUAUAUUCUGAUUCUUUAGACAAUGCAAUUUUAAAUUAAAAACCAUGUACGAAUUUUAAUUUCGCCCACGCCUACUUAAUAAAACCUAGACGAUAACAUA